UGUCUGGAAACGGCAGUGUUAUUUCACAUGAGUUACCUUCAUAUACAUUUAGUUAUUCCCACUCAUCUCGGUACACCUUACGGAUAAUUUUCUACCUAAUUUGAAAUCAAAUCGUAACAAUGAAGCGUUUUUACAACUUCUCGAGUCUUGCUCUCAUCCUCGCCUUACUACUUUGCUUAUCUGACACAGUGCAGGCAAAAGGCUCCACUACUUAUCUUUCUGACAACGGGUUUCCUAUAAACUUUUUGGAGAAUGUCGUCAAUAGUCCAAUUGUACAACGGAAGCUAAAAAGCAGAUGGAAGUGGGAGGUCUGGGACGUUGUUCCGGGAACUCAUUCGUAUCAGGUGUACAUUUUCAAUGUUACCAAUCCUCACGAUGUCGAAAAAGGGGCGAAGCCGAGCUUACAACAAAUUGGACCGUACUUUUAUCACGAGAAACGUCUCAAGUUUGAUGUUUCCAUUAAUCUGGAUUUGACUGUAAAUUUUGAGCGAAAUUAUACGUACACCUUUGACCCUUCGAAAUCCUCUGGGAGUGAGGAUGAUUUGGUCAACAUUCCGAAUCUACCUUUGAUUAUAUUCAGCACCAUUGCAUCCGAAGUGAAUCCCAUGCAGGCCAACGAUGCUGUGAACGACUUGACGUCUCAAGGCGAAUCUUUGAUUUCGAAGGGGGUCAGAGUUGGAGAUUUGCUAUUUCGUGGAAUGGAUGUGUCAAAAUAUCGGAAACAUUUGAAACUAUUUGGAAAUGACACAAGUGAAAGUCGACAACUUUUAGUGGACGAGUUUGCAUCUGGACGAUAUGGUAUUCUGACCUUGAAAAAUGGGGCACACGAGCUUCCCUUCGUAGUUGACUCGGGGCUCAAAAAGCAGGACAAAGUAGGACAAAUCGUGUCGUGGAAUGGUUUGAACAAGUUAAACUGGUGGAAAGGUGAUCGAUGCAAUCAAAUCAACGGAUCAGAUUCUUCCGUAUUUGCUCCCUACCAGAUUUCAAAAACCGCCCUCCAAGUUUUCGACCUCGACUUGUGUCGCUCCAUAAGCUUCCGCUACUCAAAAGACAUGCUGUUUCACAAUGUGGUGGCGGGCAUGACGUACAAUAUUGCGGAGGAGACACUCGAAGACCCCAAGGUUUUUGCGCCCAACAUGUGCUUUUGCAGAGGGGUGGACAACUGUUUAAAAAAGGGCGUGCUUGACGUGUCCCCAUGUCGCGGCGGUCCAUAUGUUAUGUCGUAUGCCAACUUUCUUAACGCGGACCCAGAAUACCUGAAAGCAGUGGAUGGGCUGAAGCCUAAAAGUGGUCAGCAUCAAACACAGAUAGAUUUUGAGCCAGUUACUGGUGCUGUUAUUAAUUACCGCAAGAGAUUUCAGUGGAACAUCUGGCUUAAACCAUUACCUCACGUCGAUUAUUUUAAAAAUCUGAGUCCCAUAAUUUUCCCAGUCAUCUGGAAUGACGACAAUUUUCAAUUGAAUCCCGACAAGGCUAAGCUGCUUGAGGAGGAACUGGCGAGUCAACUGGGCGGAGUGGGCGACGUGGCUUCCGAGCUUCUUAACAGACUGGCUCAAAACGGGGCUGCUGGAUUUUGCACAUUUCAUAAUCAUGUGCUCAUCAUCUUCUCAAUUACCACAACACUUUUGUUAUCAUUAUCCUCCUCUUCUGCUGUGGUGUAAGAAACGAUUUAUUUGGAGGCAGUCUGGUGGGAUGGAGUGAAACAUUUACCAGCUCCACCACCAGUUUUUGGUUGUUUUAACUGGUUCCUCUUAAAUACAAAUGCUUGUUUAUAAAUUCUCAACAAACUAUAGUGCUUGACUUGCAAAUUUAUUAUUUGAUAUUCCACAAUGUGUGCAUAUGCAGUAGAAAACUCCAAUUAUCAUUCUUAACCAAAGUUACCAAUUAGCACUGCACGCAGGAUUUUCUUCAUCGAUACACAAUAUACAUGUACGUAUACAUAUUUGUGCAUCUUA